AUGAUAAUUAAAUUAUGGUUUCAAUUGAUUAAUUGUAUUAUACUAUUAGGAUUAGCUGGUGCUGAGAAGGUAUCAGUUGAAUUAGAUACACCUUGGCAAGAAGUAGAGUUUGUGUCAAAUUUAAUUGAGAGUAUAGUUGGUUAUGAUGAAAAGUUACACAUACCGGCGAUCGAAUCGAUAUUUGGUUUAAAUGAUGAUGAGAUAGAGUAUGAGAAUAAUGAAGAGAUGUUCAAGGAUGUGCUUGAUCUGCUAAACCUAAAAGGGGCUGGAAGGGAUUUCAUUAAUUUCAAUUUCAAAUCCAAAAUAUAUUCACCCAGGGUCAUAACCCAGUUUCAGUAUUAUGAUGAAGAAAUAAUACCUAAAUUUGAAAAAAGACUACUCGAAGAAUGCAAAACAGACUCAUUUGGUAAUGAAGUUGAAACCUUACAUGGAAAGCAUCAAACUUGGUUAUUGUAUAACAAUAAAUUGUAUUGUUCCGCUAACGAUUUAUUUGCGUUACAAACUGAUAAAUCAAGUGAGAAGACGUUACCAUUUGAUAGAAUAAUAGGUGAUAAUGAAAAAGCACCAUUGCUCGUGCUUUACGGUAUGCCAUCUACUGAGCUGACUAAAGAGUUUUUUAAAAUUUUGUAUCAAGAUUCCAAAGCUGGUAAAAUUCGAUUCACAUGGAGAUAUAUUCCAAAUCAUACUAAAAAAUUGGAUAAAUUAUCAGGAUAUGGAGCAGAUUUAAGAUUAAAAGAUUUUGAAUACUUAAAAGCAGAGGAAACAACUUCACAAUUUGAUUUAACUAAAGAUUUUGAGAAGAUUAACAAGUCAAAUGUAUUAUAUGGUGUUGAGGAAAGUAAUAUUAAAGAUUUAGGUAUAAAAUUCACCUCAUUCAUUUUAUCAAAUAGGUAUGAAUUAUCCAAAUUAGAUUUAUUAACUACCAUUUCAUUUAAUUUUCCCAAAUUUGUUCAUUAUAUAACUAGAAUUCCAAAAUUGUUGAAUUAUGAGAAAGUUAAAUCCAAAGUUGAAGAGAAUGAAAGUGUAGGAUUUUCAGAUGAAUCAUAUGGAUUAUAUAUAAAUGGAUCACCUAUCCAUCUAGUCGAAUUAGACAUUUUCAAAUUAGUCAACAAGAUCAAAGAAGAAUUAAACUAUGUUCAAAAUCUAAUAUCCUUAGGUUUUAACUCAUUUCAAUCAAAAUUAUUACUUUCCAAAUUUGCAUUAAUGUCAGCUGUAAAACAAUCACAAUUUAGAAGUGGGAAUACCUUAAUGGGGAACAAUGAAAAUCGAUUCAAAGUGUAUACCAAUGUUUACGAUAAGUCAAAUAAAGCAGGUGUGGUGUUUUUCAACAAUAUAGAGAAGGAUUUUACAUAUACGGAGUUUUCUACUGAUAGACAAGAUGCUUAUUUAGGUGUGAAUUCAUACAGAUUAAAACCAAAUCAAAUACCGCCUUUGAAAGAAAACAUUCAUGAUUUAAUUUUUGUUUUAAAUUUUGCUAAUAAACAACAAUUAAGAGUGUUUUUCACCUUGAGUAAAAUUAUAUUAGAUAGUGGCAUUCCACAGCAAGUGGGAUUACUUCCGAUAAUAGGUGAUGAUCCAAUGGAUAAGAAAUUAGCAGAUACAUUUUAUUACAUUACUUCAAAGUCAGAUGAGAAGGAAAGUUUAGCAUUACUAUAUAAAUAUUAUGAAUCUAAAUCACAAGAUGAAGUAGAUGAAUUAUUAAAUUUAAUAGAUAUAAAAGAUUUUGAAAUAGAUUAUAGUUCAAUACUUGAAAGAUUUUCAAUAGAAUCACCUUCUAUUAUUUUCAAUGGUGUUAUCAAUGAUUUAACAUCUAAGGAUUGGCAGUUAGCAAUGAGUAAACAAAUAUCACAAGAUGUAAAUUUAAUAAAACUGCAAUUGAGACAAGCACCAUAUGACGGAAAAUUGAAAAAUUUAAUAUAUGCAAAUGCAAAAGAAGAAAGGAAUUUGAAAAUUGUUCCAUUAGAACCUAGUGAGAUAGUCUACAAAAGUAUUGAUAGAGAAUUAAUUAAGAACUCAAUAGCAUUUAAAAAUAUUGAUAAGGAGGAAGGAGUAAGUGGUACUUUUUGGUUGGUUUCAAAUUUCAACGAUGAGUCAAAGAUACAACAAUUGAUAGAUUUAUUGAGAGUAUUAAAGAAAAAUCCAAUACAAAUUAGAGUAUUGAAUUAUGGAAAUAUAGACUUUGCUCAAUUAUUAAGAAAGUCUAAAUUGACAACCUUAACUAAUUCAGACAUUGAUUCAAUAAUAGAAAUACUAAAAAAGACAUCGCCAUCAACUAAUGAAAACACCGACAUUAAGACAUUAUUACAAAAUAAACAAUUACCUUCUCAUCACUCAUUCAUAUUAUUCAAUUCGAGAUAUUUUAGAUUAAACAAUAACUUAUCAAUCAAGGAAUUAAAUCAAAUUAUAGAAUAUGAAUUCUCACAAAGAUUAAACAUAAUUAAUGAAAUAAUAAACACAUACCCAGAUGAAUUUGAUUUGAAAUUAAUGCAUGAGUUCAAUUCAAUAAAUAGUGGUAUAGAUGCUAUGGAUUGGUUUGACCUCGUAUCUUCAAUAAUUACAAAAUCAUUUCAUGUUGAUGAUAGAUUAUUCAUUCUUGAUGUCAAUAGAUUUGAUUUUAGUCUGUUGGAUAUGUCAUUAUCUAUAGAUGUUGAAAAAUAUGAUGAGAAAAAACCAAUUGAUGUAUUGCUUAUAAAUAAUCCAGUUACAGAAUAUGCCCAAAAGACAAUCAAUUUAAUUCAAGCAAUUAAAGAUUUUUCAUUUGUUAAUGUUAAAAUUUUACUUCAACCUAAAUUAGAAACAAGUGUUGAGUCAAUAAGUAAACGAUUUUACAAAAUUGCAGAUGGUUCUGAUAUCGUUUUUGAUAAUUUACCACCUGUUCCAUACUCACUAGAUGUUGAUGUUCCUUCAAGAUGGGUGGUUAAUUCUAAGCAAGUCUCUAACGGCGUUGAUUUAAGUGAUUUCAGGUUAGCCGAAGAUAUUAAUGUCAAAUUCGAAUUGCAAAAGUUGAUUGUUGAAGGAUAUGCUAGAGAUAUUCAUUCUGGUAAGGCUCCAAAUGAAUUAAUAUUAAAAUUAUACAAUAAUACCUGGUCUACAGAUACAUUAGUAAUGACAUCAUUAAACUAUUUUCAAAUUCAAACAUUACCAGGUAUAUAUGAAAUAAGCAUUGCUAAUCCAAAUUUUGAAUUAUUAUCAGCUGAUGAAAAUAAAUAUAAUUCGAACAAUAAAGCUAAGACAUCUGAAGAAAUAAUUGUUUCUAAUUUAGAUGGUAUGAUAAUCCAUCCAAGAGUUAGAAAAACAGAAAAAUCAAUUGAAACACCAGAGUUUAUAACAAAACAUGCCAAUAUUAAUAUUUUUACAAUUGCUGGUGGAUUUGAAUAUGAGAAAUUAGUAAGUAUGAUGAUUGCAUCUGUAAAGAAACAUAAUCCAAAGAAACUGAUUAAAUUUUGGAUCUUAGACAAUUUUGUAUCUCCAGAUUUCAAAAAACUCGUACCCGUUUUAUCAAAUCAUUUUAAUGUUGAAAUAGAGACAAUUACAUAUAAAUGGCCAAACUUUCUAAGAAAACCAAAAGAUAAACAACGAUUAAUAUGGGGAUACAAAAUAUUAUUCCUUGAUGUAUUAUUCCCACAAGAUUUAGAAAAGGUUAUAUUCAUAGAUGCAGAUCAAAUAUGUAGAACAGAUUUAUCAGGCUUAGUGGAAUUUGAUUUAGAAGGUGCUCCUUACGGAUUCACACCCAUGUGUGACUCAAAUACCGAAAUGGACGGUUUUAGAUUUUGGAAAAAUGGGUAUUGGAAAGAUGUGCUAGGUGAUGAUUUAAAAUAUCAUAUUAGUGCAUUAUUCGUUAUUGAUUUAAACAAGUUUAGACAAAUUAAUGCUGGGAAUAGAUUAAGAAGUCAUUAUCAGAAAUUAUCAUCUGAUCCCAAUUCAUUGAGUAAUUUAGAUCAAGACCUUCCGAACAAUAUGCAAAGACUGAUUAAGAUUAAAAGUUUGCCUCAAGAAUGGUUAUGGUGUGAGACUUGGUGUUCUAAAGAUACAUUGAAAGAAGCUAAGAUGAUUGAUUUAUGUAAUAAUCCAAAAACGAAAGAGAAUAAAUUGAAAGUUGCAAAAAGAUUGAUACCGGAGUGGGCAGAUUAUGAAAAAGAGAUAUUGGAAUUGAUUGAGAUUAGUAAACUACAACAAGAACAACAAGAACCGAUUGAAGAAGAAAUAGGUGAAGAAGUAGAUCCAAUACUAGACCAUGAUGACGACGAAGAAGAUUAUCAUGAUGAAUUAUAA